UGAAUGGACUCAUUCCAGUCACUCUCACUGGCUGCCACAGCAGAUCUGUGCAACGGGGAGCUGGAGCUGAACCUCCUCUGUGCAUGAAAACACUCUGCAAACAUGGCUGGUAAAAUUCAGAGUCUGGCUGAGGAGGAGAGGAACCACCUGCUCCCCCUGCUACGCAACGCUCAGUGGGUGGAGGUCGUGGGACGGGACGCCAUUUACAAAGAGUUUAUUUUCAAAGACUUCAAUCAGGCUUUUGGUUUCAUGUCCAGAGUGGCUUUGCAGGCAGAGAAGAUGGACCAUCACCCUGAGUGGUUCAAUGUCUAUAAUAAGGUCCAGAUCACUCUCAGCACACAUGACUGUGGGGGGCUGUCCCAGCGAGACAUCACUUUGGCCACCUUCAUUGACCAGGCAUCACUGAUGUGAGCAACACUGCAUCAGCCAACAGCUCCUCAUGUAUUCGUUCCUCUGAGAAAUCCUGCAAAUCCAAAGAAUACUUCCUUCCACUGAAUUGUGGAAAAUGUAGCUGUAGCUACUGAAAUGGUCCAAUGUGUGUUUUAAAAAUAUGUUGGUAGUUUUGUUGUUAGAUUGUGAACCAAAGGUAAAAUAAUGUUUACACAAUAAAGAUUUCAAGUAAUUUUUCUCAGCAAGCAUUCCAGUUAUUACAGAUAACAAUCACAAUGGUACAUGUGUCCCUUUGUCACAACUAGUGUCUUAUGUGCCAACGUUUUUGUACUUUACUGUCAGUAAAUGCUAUUUUCUCUGUCCAACUGUUCUUGACAUAACAAAAAAAAAAAACACCCAGAAAAUGAUCUUAUCAGACUUUAUGCAUUUUAUUGAAAACAUAACAGAGCAUCUGCUGUAGUCAGCUAAGACUGUGACUGUGUUAACUGGCCAGAGUGGGUAAACAGUGUUUGAUGUGGAUCAUGUUAAACCUGGCAGGUGCUUCCUCACACAAACAUGCACUCUGACAUGAAGACAAAUCUUUAAACAUUCAGAACCUCACAUGGUGUACAGGGGUGGACAGAAGUAAAACAAAAACACCUUACAAUAAAAUGCCAUCCAGCACUCCAAGAAACUAAUUACAAUGGUUGUCAAGGCGUCUGACAUUAUCAAAAACUAAAUGAAACAUUUAAAGACUGAUGUAUUUGUUUUACAUUAUAUGUCAAGGUGUUUGUGUGUUACUUAGUGCAUCAUGUGCAUGUGGAGCUUAAUGAUGUUGCAGUUAUAAAGCCAAAUCCCUGAUGAUGUUGGAGAGAAAACCUGCUUUGACGUCACAAGUUCAAACCUCUGAAGGCACAGAGCUGAACGCUCAUUAUUGCUACACAACGUCCCCAUUUACAUUUCCUCCGUUACAGUUUAUAGUCACUUUGCUUAAAGAGGAAUUUGCAUUAAAAGUUUUUAUUCAAAAGAGAUUUCUUUGCUGUUCAAUCAUCACAAGAUAUUUCUCCAAAGCACACAGGAUGAGUCAUGAUUGAAAAAGUCUUUCUUUUCUUUGCAUGGGUAAGGGUUUCCACACCUGGACACAUGAUGGUAUAAGCUUCAAUCGCUAAUGGGGAUGUUGCGUCCUCGGUCUUUUAACCAGGUACUGACUAAAAUCCACAAACAUGUAAGAAGAACCGUAAUACAUUCAUGUCUAAUCUCUUUAAAACGGCUCAGUAUGUAAAAACAAUAGCUGAAAACACAAAACACUCACAAAUUAAGUGAUCAAAAAACACCCAGUGGUCACACAAAUGGUUAAAUUACACUAACAAGGCCAAUAAGCUGACAUUAAAUACUAUGCUUCUAAUUAGUUUUCUUAACAUUUAUAGUAGAGCAUUCCAUUAAAGGAAAAGGUAUAUAUUGCACAAACAUGGAAUUAAUCUAAUUGAAAUUCACAAUUUCAACAAGCAAUAUUAGGAAAGAAAGAGACCAACAGAAGGUCGUUUUGGUGUUACAGAAUGCACCGGUGAGCGGUCAACCGGUCAGUAAAUCUAAAUAUCCUGCUGAAUGGAUAUCUACCAAAAUAUAGCCACAUUCAGGCAGCGUGGGUUUCUACCAACAUACAACUAUCAAAUCUGUCAGUCUGUGGUCAAAACACCUCCAUCACAGGACGGAUCUGUUUCCUUUCAGUAUACCUAAGAACACUUCUAUAACAGUUUGUUAAAUGGGGGAGAAACACAGUUGUCCUGUUGGAAUAUGUCUCAGUGGAUGAAUAAUUGCAUUGGUUAAAAACUGAGGUAGAUUGAAUUAGGAGACAAGUGAUUAAAACAUUGAAUUAGGCGACAAGUGAUUAAAACAAGUGGUACACAGGUGAAUGUUGGCAAGAAAUAUUGAGUUUCUGCUUCUUGAUCAAAUACAGUAGAGCAGAGUUGGAAACAGCCUCCAGUCCGGAUUGUUAUAGUAUGUUAAAUGUCUGUUGCUUUACAAGCCAGCUACUGAGUGGAAGUACCAAAUCUAAAAAACAAUUACAUAGAACCAAAGCAGCUAAAAAAAAACAAAAAAAAAAAAAAAACAACUUUGGAUUCUACUAACCGCUUUCAAUAUUCUCCCUUAUUUCAAAUUUAAAAGACAAUUUUAUUGAAUAUUAAUGACAUUUAAAAACUCCCGCUAUCCAAAUCUCUCUCCCUCCGUCUACACAUCCCAUCCCACCACUGCAGAUGGUCCACGAAUGCAGACUUAACACAAAACAAUAAGUGCUAAUCAAACGAGGACAUGCAUGUUGAUGCUCCCAGGCAAACCCCUACUACAACAUCAGAGCUGUUGUUUCAAGUGAUUCACAGAUUAACCUGAUAUGUUCUUUUCAGGGUGUUGCAGUGCUUUUACAUAAAAAAAAUGCUGUCUUCCAGAGAACUAUGGCAUGAUGAUGAUGAUAACUUUCACCUUCGUCAGGCCUCCACACGUAGAGUCAGUCUAAAGCAGUACAUCCGCUUCCAUGCUAGAGGGCAGCACAGCGUUUCUAACGAGCAUUCAGUGGUCUGUGUUUUUUGCUGAGUCAUGACAGAUGGUGAAGCGGUGUUGGAAACAAGCUGAAAUGUUCCGGCAGUAAAAAAAAAAAAAAAAAAAAAAAAAAAAAAAUUCAAAAAGGAAUGGUUCUGCUUCUUAAAUUGGUUGAGAUUAUGACAGACAUACGCAUUUAACAAAAACUGAAAUUGAAAUUAAUUUUUCAAACAAAUAGAAUAACACACACACACACACACACACACACACAAUAUUAAUGAAAUCAAAUGAAAAGACUAAAACUCGUUUGGAACCAGUCAUUUCUUCUCUGUGCCACUUAGGCACAAUGUUACAAGCGAUUGUAAAUGACGAUGGCUUGUGCUUCUGAGAUCUUUGCAGAUGUUUUCAGUAUGGUGUAGGUAUGCAAGAUAAGGCAACCCCCUGAGCCAUUAGCUCAGGGGCUCUGGG